AUGAUGAAAAAGAUUGUUACCAUCUUCGCAGCCAUUGCAGUCGUGGCAGUCGCGGAACCUACCAUAGGCUAUGCUGGAUACUUCAACACCAAUUGUACCGCUCCCAGCAUCGAUGCCGCAAAUGCGUACGCCGGAUCUUGCAUCAACGUGGAAAACUUCCCAAUUGAAUCAUACAGCGCUUACGUCGAGGCUGGUUCCUGUGCCGACGGUACAUCUGCUGUUCUCAACACCUACACAGCCUCUGGUUGCGACGACUCGACCCUUUUUGACACCGUUAGCGUCAAUAGCGAGAAGCAGUGCUUUGAGGCAGACGUGACACUGGUCAGUCUGAAGGCGGAGUGUGUCUAA